UGAACCCAAGUAGUUAUCAAGAAAUUCACAGCAGAUGUCAUCUUCCUCUCAUCCAUCAAUGGCGCUAGCUUUCUACAGCUACUCCCCCUGUAAACCCUCUUCUUCAACAAAUUCCAGUUUCCUUAGUUCGUCAUCUCACACGAAGCAGCCGUCAAAUCUUCUCUUUCCUCUGAGAAAAAAAUUCAGGCAGCAGAGUCGGAGCUUAUGUAUCGUUAGCGGGUCGGGUUCCGAUGAGAGCAACUCUCAAGAUGAUGAUGUAGAUAAUUUGGGGGUCAAAGCUGCAUUAUCAAUGCUCAAGUUCUAUAAAAGGGAAAUCUCACCAAUAAUGCCAAAAAGUUGCCGCUAUAUACCAACAUGCAGUGAAUACUCCAUGAUCGCUUACAAGAAAUAUGGAGUUGUUAAAGGGACAGUUUUGACUGCCUGGCGUCUUUGUCGCUGUAACCCUCUAGGAGGAUCUGGUUUUGAUCCCCCGAGAUGGUUCAAUGAGGGAAGUCCACCACAGGAAUAACACUUAAUACUCCACUAAACAGAAAUACAGUUAUCUUCUAAUAGGUUCUGGACAAUCAUGUGAGCAAAAAGACUGUUAAUGUGAAGAUUCGCAUAGGAUACGAGUCUUCGGUGUUCUUGGAGGAGCACAGUGGCAAGCAUUAGGGCAGCAAAACUAAACCAAACCCACAGUAGACCACAUUUGAAAGUAAACAAUCUACACCAAACCUGCAGUAGACCACAUUUGGAAGUUACUUAUCUACC